UCACUUUGCCUGUUUGUACAAAUCUGAACAGAAGAGAAAGAGGAAUACAGCGAAGUUCAUGUGGAAAAUCAUUAAAGACAUUGAAAACUGGUAUAUCCUGCCCAUAUGAUAAAACAACCUUGGAAGCAAGAGCAAAUGAAUUCCAUUGUGUCGAAAUGGAACAAAAUUGCACAGAAAAAACAAACUUCAAAUAUCACUGUGUUUUAAAUGAAUGGGGAAACCGGACUGUAGAAGUAUGUGCCCCGGAAACUCAUAUCAUAGGUGCUGCUUGUGCAGAAUUUAACACGGGAGGCCAGUUUAUUCAAGAACAUUACAGAAGUGGUGUUAAAUGCACAACCUGUCCAUUUUUGUAUAUGUCGACUGAAGCAUACAAAUACAAAGAGUGCUACAUGAAUAUUUUACUGGAUGAUAUGCAGUCAACAAUCCCGUCAAUUUAUUUCAACGAUAGUGUAACAACUGCUGCACCGACAUCAAUGGCACAAAAGUAA